UGAAUGGAAGCAAGCACUCAGCUGAAAGGAGAUCUCAGAGGAGAAUCAUAGAGGAACCCUGGCAAUGGGCCUGACCCCAAACUUUUCCAUGGAAAUGUGGGUGCUCCUGUCCAUCACCCUGCUGCUCCUCUAUCUAUACGGAGUCUAUUCAAAUGGAGUAUUUAAGAAGCUUAGAAUUCCUGGCCCCACACCUCUACCUUUCUUAGGAACACUCCUGAACUACCGCAAGGGUGUGUGGAACUUUGACUCAAUGUGUUACAAGAAGUACGGGAAAGUAUGGGGGUUGUACGAUGGUCCACAGCCUGUGCUGGCGGUCACAGAUCCAGACAUGAUCAAAACAGUGCUGGUGAAAGAAUGCUACACCACCUUCACAAACCGCAGGUCAUUGGGACCACUGGGACUCAUGAAAAGGGCUGUCUUCAUAGCUGAGGAUGACGAAUGGAAAAGAAUACGAGCCAUGCUAACUCCAGCGUUCUCCACCGGAAAACUCAAAGAGAUGUUCCCCAUCAUUGAGCAGUAUGGAGACAUGAUGGUGAUGAACCUGAGACAAGAGGCAGAGAAAGGCAAGCCUGUCAAUAUGAAAGACAUCUUCGGGGCCUACAGCAUGGAUGUGAUUGUUGGCACAUCCUUCGGCGUGAAUAUUGAUUCCCUCAACAACCCACACAACCCUUUCGUAAGAAAAGUCAAAGUCAUCUCACAAUUGAACCUCUUGGAUCCCUUCGCUCUCAUGAUAACACUCUUCCCAUUCCUUACCCCAAUUUUUGAAGCGUUAAAUAUAUGCAGAUUUCCAAAACAGGAGAUCGAUUUUUUUAUGAAGUCUAUAAACAAGAUGAAAGAAAACCAUCUCCACGAGAAACAAAAGAACCGAAUGGAUUUUCUUCGGCUAAUGAUUAACUCACAGAAUCCCAAAGAUACAGAGUUCCAUAAAGCUCUAUCUGAUCGGGAUCUCAUAGCCCAGGCCAUUACUUUUAUUAUGGCUGGCUAUGAAACCACUAGCAAUGCUCUUUCCUUCGUUAUGUAUGCAUUGGCCACCCACCCAAAUGUUCAAAAGAAGCUACAGGAAGAGAUAGAUAGCGCUCUGCCCAAUAAGGCACCUGCCACCUAUGAUAUACUGAUAGAGAUGGAGUAUCUGGAUAUGGUAGUGAAUGAGACAUUCAGAUUAUUUCCAGUUAGUAGUAGACUUGAGAGGGUAUGUAAGAAGGAUAUUAAAGUCAAUGAGAUAUUCAUUCCCAAGGGAAUAGUGGUGACAAUUCCAGCCUAUGCUCUUCACCACGACCCAAGGUGCUGGGAAGACCCUGAGGAGUUCCAUCCAGAAAGGUUCAGCAAGAAGAACAAGGACAACAUUGACUCUUGCAUGUACUUGCCCUUUGGAGCUGGACCCAGAAACUGCAUUGGAAUGAGGUUUGCUCUUGUGACCAUGAAACUUGCUAUUGUUAGAGUCCUGCAGAACUUCUCCUUUAAAGCCUGUGAAGAAACACAGGUCCCCUUGAAGUUAGACAGACAAUCCCUUCUUAAACCACAAAAGCCCAUUGUUUUAAGUGUUAUAUCAAGAGACUGCAAGUGAAGACUGAAGGAUUUUUUUUCCUUGAAGGACUGGUAUCUUAUUCUUCAAGAAAUCUGUGUCCCAAAAUGCAGAAACUCAACUCUCUCUGUGAGAAGAUGGGCUAAAUGGAGGACACAUGAGGAAUGAGGAAUGUGAAUGAUGGAUUCCUCGUGCCCCUGUCAAAUGUCAUAUAACGGAAUGUCAUAUAAAGGAAUGAAUGAGCCAGUGUCAC